UCAUUGCGGGCUUGGUUUUAAAGCAAUUUUCACUCCUGAGGCCUCCUUGGGUAGAUAAUGGGCGCUUCUCCAAAAAGUCUCCGGGGUGUUUUCUCCUUGGAGGCUCCACGGAGGAGCGGGGGCCCAAACAGCGUAUGCGCGUGCUAUUUUUAACGUUCUCGUAGGCAUUUGGCGUGCGGAGGGUCAGGGAAAUCGCGGUUUAAGCCGAAAAUACACCACCCCCGAUAAACAGUGGAGUCGGCAACGUCGCAGCUGCUCUCCAUUGCGCGCGUAUGCGACCUCGAGAUCCCGCCGCAGUCGAAUCCGCAUCUCGGAGGAGGAGAGGAGCGCGCUCAAAGGGGUCGAGAUCCGGGUUCGGGACCCAAAACGUGACCUACGCGCACUACGUUUCGGACGGGCCAUCAUCAGAGUUGUCCUGUGUGGUUCCCGCGCUUGGUGGCCAGCGGUGCAGCCGUGGAAACAAAAUGGCUAAACCGAUGCCGGGCAAGCGAAGCCGACAGCACUGCUGUUGACCGGCAAUGGCAUCCAGCUGCAGACAACGUUUCGCCUGCUUGAUCAGUCUGCAUCAGUGAUUUCUGGACGGCAGCAAGGGCGAUGGCCGCUGCACUCCGAUCCGUGCUCGCCAUUGGCCUGCUGGCGGGGCUGGGGGGGAUGCAACCGCACGUACUCGGGCACGACCGGCAAGACCUACCAGCUGGAGCUGCACAGGCCCAAGGAGGACAAAAUUCCCUUCAUCUGCGACUUGACGUUCACCGCCGCAGGCGGCGUUUUUGGCGACUUGGUCCAGAUUACCUUCGACUCUUUCACUCUGGGGCGCUUCGUGUCGUUCACCAGCGAGGGCUGCCCCGACGGGGCCCUCCAGAUCAGCGAGUUCAAUCGUCCGCAGGUGGGCGGGGCCUGGUGCGGGACAUCUUGGGGCCCGGUGAUGUACUACAGCGAGGCGCAGUCGGUCACGCUCCACGUGCAGCUGCUCAAGCUCUCCAAGGUGGAGAACGGCUACAAUUUCGACUACCGCAUGGGGUACAAGUUUUUGAAAAGGCGCGCCGCCAUCGUGCGCUACGGCGGAAGUCCGCCUUUGGAGUACUCCAACCUCACGCUGCCGACGAUCGCGCCCGAGCCCGAGUACUACUUGGGGGAGCUGAUCAGCGGCACUUACUGUUCCCGCAUAUUCAGCGACUGUGAUAAGAAGCACUGCCGUCUUCAAUCGCCCAACUUCCCAGGGGUUUACCCCCGCAACCUGACUUGCUACUAUGCGGUGCGCCAGCACGAAAUUCCGCCCGGCAAACACGCCCUUAUCACGGUGCGGCAGCCCAAGGGGCAGCUGGUGUCCAUCCGCAGCGACGCGGCGCUGCACGGCACGGCCACGCCCCAGCAGCUGCGCGUGUGGGCGCAAUGCGACCAGGUCCAGGACUACGUGGUGGCCUACGACGGCUACACGACGCGCGACGCCGUCAUCCUGAAGUUCUGCGGCGGCGGGGAGGCGGUGCCGGAAGUGACGUCCAGCGGCCACGAGCUGCUGGUGGAGUUCUCCACGUCGCCCUACGGGACGUUCCUGCAGCCGGCGCCCGCCCACGCGCUGCACGGCUUCCAGCUGGAGGUCGAGGUGCAGUUCGUCGACCAGCAGUCGCCCAGCUUCAUCAAGCAGAAGCGCACGUGCGAGUUUUGGGUGCGCGGCAACAGUCGCGGCGCCCUGCAGAGCCCGCUGCACUCCCUGCCCGCCAACACCACCUGCCUGUACCACUUGCAGGGCAUGGAGGCGCCCAGGGCGACGCCGGCGGGGAACCUGCGCCCCAUCAACGCCGACUGGCGCUCGGUGGGCAUGCUCACGCCGCCGCCCCGCUACCGCGUCUGGCUGUCAAUUGUCAAGUUCCACGCGGACGGCGCCCGGGAGGCGCAGCCGCCCGAGCUGAUGUGCCGCAGCUACCUGAACGUCUGGGACGGGCAGCUGUGGCAACCCAGCAACUGCCAGGGCUUGUUCUGCGGCAGCAAGGUGAAGUACAACAAGGCGGACUUUGCGUCCAACGCCAUCUCGCGGCCGGCGGCCGCAGCCAAGGGGGGGCGCAACGUGACGCUGUUGGCGCGCUUUUGCCGGGAGCACGUGCCGCGCAGCUGCGAGCGCCAUCUGGCGCCCAACGUGUCCAGCUUCCCGCGCCCCUGCGCCCUGACCGAGAGCUAUCUGACGUCAGGCGACACGCUCACGCUGGAGCUGCGGCUGGCCGAGUCCACGGCGCUGAGGCCGGUGAGCUUCAAGGCGCUGUACGAGUUCGUCGACCUGCACCUCGACGGCGAGCCCUUUGGGGCGGGGCCCUGCUCGCGCCGCUUCGCCGCGCUGUCCGACGAGAGCCUGCAGAAGUUCAGGGCGCCGGCCGAUGUCUUCCUGUAUGGGCGCGGCGGCUCGCACAAUAUCAGUUGCGUGUACCGCUUCGAGGCGCGCGAGGGCGAGCGCAUCAAGGUGACGCUGAGCGAGGUGCGCAUGAUGAACCGGCGCUGCGCCACGCUACUGAACCCCGACACCGAGCGGCUGGAGUGCGCCGGCAACGUCACGGCCACCUUGCGCUUCUUCGAGGUGCCCUGGGCGGACGUCCCGCCCAUCCCCAGGGACUGUCUGUGCGGGGUGGACAAGGACAAGCUGCUGCCCUACACCUACGUGUCCUCCUCCCGCGUGGUGGAGUUGCGCUUCGACGUCACCAGCAUGAACGCGUCCGACGACUUCAGCUCGCUCUUCUUCGAGGGCAGUUGGAGGGUGAUCCGCACGCCCGUCUGCGCGUUGGGCCUGCGGCGCAGCGGGCCGAAUGGGCAGCUGACGUUCCACCACCCCGCCCUAGGGGCGGAGGCCAACUGCGAGUCCAGCCCCCGCGUGCUGUUGCCCGGCAACAGCAAGUUCCUCUACGUGAAGGUGGGCGGAGCCAUCCUGACGCAUGCGAGCCGGUGGGGGGGCAACAACACGCUGAGGUCGACGUCGCGCACCGGCCACGCCUGCCGCACGCGCAACCGCAUCGUCGUCCACACGGCGCUGUACAGCGCGCUGAUCUGUCCAGAGCCUGCCGUGUCCAGGGAGCGCAUGGUGGAGGUCUUCUCCGAGGGAUGGCGCGCGUCCAGUGGACAACUGUCCCUGGACGCGGUGGCGGUGGACCAGCUGGGCAAGGAGCUGCCGCGCACCGUGGUGGUGGAGUUCUACGGGCGGGAGGCGGGCCGCUACCCAGUGCUGUGGCUGGAGCUGGCCAGAAGAAAGGACCUGCCCCCCGACGGGCUGGGCAUGUUCAUGAUCAAGCCCAACCACUGCCAAUAUCGCUGUCCAGAGCUGGACGCCUGCAUCAACGCCUCGGUGUGGUGCGACGGCGUCCUGGACUGUCCCUCGGGCGUGGACGAGGCCUUCGUCCACUGCUCGGUGCUGCUGCAGCUGCCUCCAGCCUAUCUGUUCUUCGGCGGCGUGUUCCUGUUCGUUGCCUGCGCCGUGCUGGUGUUUCUGAUGUGGAAGCUGUGCAGACGCCCACCCCGAUCGAUUCUGCAGACGCGUCUGCAGAGCCUCUCCUCGGACACGGCCAUCAUCGACGAGAAGGGCGUGAUCUGUAGCUGACACAGCGACAAUUCUGUGCGCUACGUGGAAAUUGACCGGGUGACGACCGUGUGACGUCGCCGCCCUCCAGCGCGCAGAAUCCGAAGCUCAACUGGCGCCUGACCGCGGACCAAAGCCAGACGUUUCGAUUGCAUCCCCAGGCGGCAUCCUGUACAUAGUAGGGCCUUGUGUAAUCCAGUCUAGGAGUUAAGUAGGGAAAUUGCAUGGAAAUCUCAUAGCAGGCAUAUCAUUAGGAUAUACCAACAGGCGAGUGCGAGAGAGAGCGAGUCACUGCCACAAUUGCGCCUACACCUGAGCGCAGCUGGCGCUUAAGCAAGUGUUGGUUGAGCGCCAUCUACACCCACGAGGCUAUCACUGCCGAAAUUCGCCCGCGUGUGCUCAGAUGGCGCCAACGUACCAAAACCGCAUAGCUCUAUGAGCCGCCAUCUGCCGGCACGCGCGAGAUUCACUGCCAAAAUUCGCCCGUUGUCAUUAUGAAAGUGUCACACUAGUCUAACGAGGGAGUUUUGGCAGUGGAUGUGGCUCUCUCUGGCUGCGCGUAGAUAACAGUAGCGAGUCAGGUGACCUGACAAUAACAACUACUCUCUAUUAAAACGUUAUUUAUU